UACACAGUCUACCGCCGUGCGCGAGAGGAAGCGGGAGGCUUGAAGCGCGAAAAUGGAGGCAGAGCUGGCGCAUCUAGAGAGCAGGCAAAUUGAAAUCCUCCGACGAAUUGAAAAACUCGAGCUCAUUCACCAAUUCUCCCACUCUCUUUCCAUAUCUUCUCCCGACGAGAAUCGAUGCGAUGUUCAACAGCCCGAAGAUGCCUCCACUGAAGUUCGUCUCUCUGCCAUUCUUGUCGCCAGUGGCGUUCAGGAUUUCAUAUUUAAGAGAGUUCCAUUCGAUUACUAUGAUUGGACUCUCGAAGCUCGGAGGGACGUCAUCAGCGCCGCCUCUGUUGAUCAUCUUUGUAAAAGCAUUGUUCUGGUCAAUACUCAAGCUCCUUCUGAGAUAACUGACUGUAGUGAUCGCAACAAUUCAAAGUAUUAUGUUGUUGUUGUUCAGUACACUGCUCGAUUCAAUGCGGAGACGGUGAGAAACUUCUUAUAUGCCCUCAACGAUGGGAAGAUAGCAAAAAAGAAGUUUAACUUGAGGCUUGCUCCUGAGGAGAUAUCCCAGAAAUUGACUGGCUAUGAACAUAAUGGGGUGACAUGUGUUGGCAUGAAAACAGAUAUCCCGGUUAUCCUUGACGAAGCAAUCGUAAAGCUUACCCCUGAUUUCUUCUGGUUGGGAGGUGGAGAGAUUGAUCUCAAGCUUGGGAUCAAAACCUCCGAGUUCAUAAACUCUGUAAAACCUUUUGUUGUUCGCUGCAGUGGUAGCUGAUUGACCCAAAUGAACUGUUAUUGUUACUAAUAAUGAUGGCAGAGUAUGAAACAUUAUAUUUAUUGUGGGGGACAUGCCAACUUGGGAGCUUCAACAUGUAAGGAUGCAGGUUUGGAAUGUUACCCCAAGGCUGAAAUUUGUAUCAGACUAUUAUAUUCUUCAAUAAUAGGAAGAACAGAGAGACUCACGUUCCUAAUUCAUGUGAUCCUACUCAAAUUGUUCAUGGAAAAUUCUGACCGAGGGAUUGAUGUUUUUCUGGACAAAACUUUUAAUCCUAAUUAAAACAGUAAGAUAGCUCAGUUAUUCAUUA